GUGAUCCGUUGAAGUUUUUCACACAUAUCCAAGAGUUUUUUGUUCAAUCUGACUUGUCUGAGGUGGGGUAGCAAGAAAAGGGUUUGACAGUUUUUCUUGCUGAAUCUUCUUUGACCCUCGGACGAUCAGAUACAAAGCAUAGAUUCAAUCUGCUCAAGCAAACACAAAAGAUGGCCUUCACUGGAACCGUGGAUAAAUGUAAGGUUUGUGACAAGACCGUUCAUGUCGUCGAUAUGAUGACUCUUGAAGGCAAUCCCUAUCACAAAACCUGCUUCAGAUGCAGCCAUUGCAAUGGGACGCUUGUGAUGAGCAACUAUUCCUCAAUGGAUGGUGUUCUCUACUGUAAGACGCAUUUUGAGCAACUCUUCAAGGAAUCCGGUGACUUCAGGAAGAAUUUCCAAUCAGCCAAGUCUGACAAGCCGAAUGAGCUGACAAGAACCCCCAGCAAGCUCUCUUCCUUGUUCAGCGGAACCCUGGACAAGUGUUCCACUUGCAACAAAACCGUUUACCCCUUGGAAAAGGUGACGAUGGAGGGGGAGUGUUACCACAAGACAUGCUUCAGAUGUGCGCAUGGAGGAUGCCCUCUGACGCACUCCUCUUAUGCCGCCCUCGAUGGAGUUCUCUACUGCAGACACCAUUUUGCGCGGCUGUUCAUGGAGAAGGGCGACUACAAGCAUGUGCUCGACUCUGCCACGCACAGGAGAAAUGCCUCCUCUGGUACCCCACCACCCGAGCCUGCUGAGCCAGUGAUGGAAGCUAACCACGAGAUGCAAGAAGAGUCUUGCAUUCGCCUAUCUGCUUAGAGCUCCUUGAUAGUUUUUUGCAACUUGGUUAGCCGGUCAUCUGUUUUCGGUUUUUUGGGGGGCAAAAGAUUGAAAUUCUUGUUUGAUUGUUCCAAGUAUAAUUCUUCCUGUGUUUGCUUGAUUGUAUUAUGCUCAUAUUAUGAUCUCAUACACCGAUUUUUCUUCA